AUGAGCACCGUAAAGAAGCUGGGCAAGCGGCCCGUCCGUGCGUGCACGGAGUGUGUCAGGCUUAAAAGCAAAUGCGACCGAACGUACCCUUGCUCGUCCUGCAUCAAGCGAGGAAAGUCGGCGCUUUGCGCUCCAGCGGAGGAGAGUAGCCUGCCGGCCCGCUCGACCUCUUCCCCUCUUGUUGACGAAAGCGGCAGCGUCGUCGGCACCUCAUCCGAAGUCCGGGCAGGCGCCCGCUCCGAACUCGCUUUGUUCCGCAAAACCUUCGAGUCGCUUCAGAGUCGCCUGUCCUAUCUCGAGACCCUUGUCGGCGCUGCAGCUCACGCAUCUGAUGAUGCGGAGCCUUCGAGCAACCUGGGUCGACGGCAGCGAACGGCAGACGAAGUAGAUGCGGACGGUCGGGCUUCGAAGCGGGCCGCUGUACAGAGUCCUGACGAGUUCACCAUCGAGCAGAACGUCCUCGACUCUCAACGGGAGACGCCCGAGUUUGUCGGUCCGCGAGGACUGCCGUUCUUCGACCCGCAGAAACAGGACUCGGCCAUGCUCCUCCCGUCAGCUCGCAACAUCUUCCGCCUCUUCCCUUCGCGCAGCUCUCUCGCCGCCGUCGGCCCGACCAAGACGGUUUCCGACACGCUCAUCCACCACUGCAUGGUCACAACUGGCGCUCUACAUCCAGUCGCCUCGGUACCUGCGCGGACACGGCACCUGGAGCUGUUCUGGUCUGUUGAUGGACCGGCACAGUACGAACGGUGCUUCGCGGCUUGGCUGGCCAGCUUCUUUGCACAGCUCGCAGUCGGCGCGAGACUCGCGACCAGCGACGUUUGCCGGACGCUGGGCAUGGACGCGUCGAUGCUCGAAGAACUCGCUGGACACUGGACGGACGCCUCAAUCGCCAGUCUCUACUACUCCAACUUCCUCGAGAACCGGAGCAUGCUCGCGCUCCAGGCGGUCGGCUACCUCGCCUUGAGCGGUCGCACAGCCGGCAACUUCCGCUCGAUCAACUCGCUCGUCGACCAUUCCAUGAUUGCGCUUCGACAGCUGCGGCUGCACCUCGACAUUGAUGCUGUACCGGCGCCGACGGUUGCGCCUGCGACGGAAUGGGAGACGAAGGCGUCCAGGGAGAUUAGGAAGCGGGUCUGCUGGGCGCUGUGCAUCUCGCACUGGCUGUACUCGGAGCAUCCUUUCAUAUCGCCGGACGAGGUGAAAGGCGCACCACCGAGCGUGAUGGAUGUCGGAUCGACCCAGCGGUAUGGCGACCUCGCCGACUUCACCUCUGUCGCCUACCUCAACUUUCUUUUCGACGUCGCCCGAGUCGUCUACGAGACUCGCUUUGCAACGGAGCUCUCGCCGCCUCGCGUCUCGACCCAACGAGCAGCACUCGACCGACUGCAGCAGCAGGCAGAACAGGACUUUGCGGACUCUCCCUUUUUGCGCUCCUUCUCUCGCGUCACGACCUCAUACUGGAUCCUGCGCCUUCUUCGCCAACCGUCCGAUCCACGCUCGCCGGAAACGCUCGAAACCGCACGGAUCAUGCUGCGUGAGGUUCCAACCCUACAAGAGCACGAAGGACACCAUUGGAUGAUAUUACAUCAGAUCUGCGCCGCGGCGCUGGUCAUCUGCGGCAUUGCAAGCGACAACGCUACGGACGACGCGUCCGGGACGCCAGCUGCGGACGCCCGGCUUCUCGACGCAGCAGAAGGGUACUUCGUCGCCGCCUCACACAACUCGAUUGCUCAGAAGAGCCUUGCGCUCAUUCAGCAGAUGCGCCAGCCCCUCGUUCGCCCACCCGAACCCAGUUCGAUACCGUUUGUCGAUCCUACCGCCGCUUUCCCCUCGGCUUCUGGCGCCGCUUUCGACCCGACUCUCGACGACCUGCUUGCAGACACUGCGAUCCUCGAGUACAGUCUGCCGGAGUACGGCGAGCUGAGAAACGGGAUGAGCGACCUCGACUUUGCGUGGUGGAGCUAG